UUAGGGCUUUUACUUUAUAAAUUAAAUCGUUACUACAACUUAAUAAGUAUGAUCGCACACUAUUAAACGGAGUGUUUAAUGCAAAUAUGAUUCAUCUUCAUGCUGCCACGGUGAUCCGUUUGUGCAUAUCGGUAAUGCGAAAACGAAAAAACAGCGCAGAUCAUGACAGCUGUGCACUACUGGACGACAGCUCCGAUCUAAAGCAUUGCCACGAACACACACACGCUGGUACUGAUCCAGGAGGUUCAGGGAAAGCGAUGGGAAGACGCUACAGGAGAGGUGGUCUGAUGUGGCGGCUGACGAGGAUAAUAAUCUGGGUGCUAGGAAUCUACAUCGCCAUCCCUGUUAUCAUCAAACUCUGUCCAUCAAUACAAGCAAAACUAGUCUUUUUAAACUUUGUGCGAGUGCCAUAUUUUAUAGAUCUGAAGAGGCCACAGGAUCAGGGCUUGAACCACACUCACAACUUCUACCUGCAGCCAGAGGAGGGAAUCAACAUUGGAGUAUGGCACACUGUACCUGCAGUGAUGUGGAGGGAGGCUCAGGGUGAAGAUGCUGAGUGGUAUGAUAGAAGCUUCCAGUCCAAUCACCCUGUCAUCCUUUAUCUCCACGGCAAUGCGGGGACAAGAGGAGGGGAUCACAGAGUUCAGCUCUACAAGGUCCUCAGUUCAUUAGGCUACCAUGUAGUCACAUUCGAUUACAGAGGUUGGGGUGACUCUGAAGGCAGCCCUUCAGAGAAAAUGAUGACAUUAGAUGCCCUCUUCCUCUACCAGUGGAUAAAGCAAAGGAUUGGUCAGAAGCCCCUCUACAUCUGGGGUCACUCGCUGGGCACAGGAGUUGCCACUAACCUAGCGAGGCGUCUGUGUGACUGGGGGACACCACCUGAUGCGCUGAUCCUAGAGUCACCCUUUACAAAUAUUAGAGAGGAAGCCAAGAGCCAUCCCUUCUCUAUGGUUUAUAGAUAUCUACCAGGAUUCGACUGGUUCUUCCUGGAUGCUAUAACUGUAAAUGACAUCCGAUUUGCCAGCGACGAGAAUGUCAACCACAUAUCCUGUCCGGUUCUGAUCUUGCAUGCAGAAGAUGACACAGUUGUUCCCUUCCAGCUUGGAAAAAAGCUGUAUGAUUUGGCUGCUCAGAGUAAGAGUCUGAACGGUCAUAAAGUGCAGUUUUUCCCUUUCCCCAGCUCUCUGGGCUACCGACAUAAGUUUAUCUACAAGAGCCCAGAGCUACCAAACAUACUCAGUGAGUUCCUCAGUGCAUCGCAUCCUCACAUGUAGUCAAGAUAAUUUCACCUGACUGCCCUCUCACACACAUACCCACAUGUACACGUGUACACACAGCACUGUGUACAUGAUGUGUAUAUGUGCGCGCACACAAGCAUGGACUGAAGAUGCACCAGUUCUUUUGCAUUCCUAUGUUAACUUAAAACCUAAGGAAGGAGAAAGUUUUCUGUUAUUCAGGCUGAUUUGUUUCACUGCCUCCUGUUGUCAUGGUAAUUGGUCUGAAGGGGCAGCUAGAACACACAGUUUGCAAAAUAAUUUGCAAAUAUGCACUAAAAUGAAUGCUUAAGUCAACAAACCAUCAAACGAAUAAAGAAUACCAGCUGAAGUUUUAACGAUGGCACUGCGAAGACCAUACGUGGAUCACGGUCAAAGGAACAACAUGCUAUUAUGAUGUCACUUUUCUGUGGGGAGAACUGUCAGUGCAAGCUGACUGUGAUUCACUCCUUUUUUACAAACGUACUAAAAUGAUCAACCAUAUCAUGGACCUUAUUUAAAUUCUGAAAUCCACUCAAUGUGAAUAAAAAGUUGUUUUAGGUUGAACUUGGAUUAUGUACAAAAAAAGUUACUCUUUUAUUAUUUUACUCAUUAAAAACUAAACUUAAUGGGAUAUAUUUGUAAUUGGAUAAACCUGCAGCUGUGAUUUAUAUUGCUGUGUUUUGUUUGGUUGCUUGCUAUGCAUAUGUCCACAGUCAGAAAGGAAUGACAUUGUGAAAUGAGAAUUCCUUCUCCAAAACCACAAAUGGUGAUACAAUUUUUGUUUUUGUUUUUAAUAAUUACAUAAGUCAGUUGAUCGAUACUAGUUUGCAUGCCUGUUACCGAAAAAAAAAAAAAGAUCGUUUUUGCACAGCUAAAAGAGAACUACAAACCGUAUUCAAAAUCUGUUUCUUUCUUUCUGUAUGUGGACUAUAUACUCUUUUGUUUUAUGUCGUUUUACCCUUUGCACAUUCCAGAAAAAGACAACUGGUUACUUAUGACAUGUUCAUUUAAAAGUCUUAUAUGAAGAUCUUUAUUUAUUUUUAUUAAUAUGAAAUGAAUUUCAGUGCCCUCUCUUUUAUUAUAGAGCCAAAAAUGCCUGCAAGUCAGCACCUUAAGAGACAUAAGGACGGCUUUGGUGACUGUCCAUCUUGAAAAUGUUUUUUUCUUUUCUUUCAAUGAGCUCUUUAACGUCUUAUCAGGAUUCCAAAUACCUCAUUAAUGUUCAGUAGCAGUCUGAUAGGGCUUUGUGCAAAGCAUGUGAGGUCUCCAAAUGAAAUACUUUGAUUUUAUCCAAACAUCCAUUUUAGUGUGUCUUUACUUCCAGUAUUUUAUAAUUGCAUUCUCUUGUUUGGCUUAAUGUUUGGUAGGGGUUUUAAUGGGCAGUAUAUUGUGGAUACAUAAACAUGCAAAUGAGGUCAAAUUAAGUCAAGGACCUAUUUAAGCACCCAGAUCUAUGAUUCUAUAAAAUAAAUAUUUAGCAAUAAUGACAUCUUUGAUUUGCUCUGACGUCUUAUGUACAUACAGUAUAAUUAAUUUAUUUUCUUUGUUGAGUGCAAUGACUCAUUACAUAUAAUCAUUAUUAUCUGCUAAUGCAAAUCAUUCUCAGUGUAAUAACUCUUUUGAGAAUCAAGCCUAUUGUAUUGUUGCUCAGUAUGUCACGGUCUAUUUGUCUAAGAUCAGUUUUUUUGUCCUUAUGGGGCUGAUAAUGACAGCAAGGUCAUGUGUGCAUGUAAGCUUUGAUAGUAGAUCUAAACUGGCUGUCCUUUCUGAAAAGGCUCUGUGCACUGCAAAUUUUAUUCUCAGAAAGAAAUUGUAUCACAAUAUUUUUCUUUCUUCUGCCAGUGUGUUGAAAUGGAAAUUCUGUCAUCAUUUACUCACCUUCAUGUUGCUCAAACAUGCAUGACUACACACAAAAGGAGAAAUUGUAUAGAAUAACAUGGCCGCUCUUUCCCAUACAAUGAAAUUUAAUGGGGAGUUCUGCUGUCUAGCUAAAAAAUGACAGAAAAGCAUAAUAAAAGUUGUCCAUAUGACUUGUGCACCAUUGCAUGACUUACAACUUGUUCGCCAUAUUUGAGAGCUACAGCAGAGGGGAAGAUUUUCAGUGAAUAACCAUUUAAUUCUUUAGUUUUUUCUCACACAUCUAUUUAAUGUUUUACUUUCUGAAGCUUCUUUGCGUUACACUUAAAGUCGUACAGGUGUGGAACAACAUGAGGGUGAGUAAAUUAUUACAGAAUUUUCAUUUGUGGGUGAACUAUUCCAUUAACCAAAAUCUUAGUUUGCGAAGGACUGUAUAGAUAUGGCACGAUAACCAGAAAUCAGGUUUUUGAAAAGUGCAAUAAGUUCUAAAUCUGAAGGUCAACCAUACAAAAGACCAAAAAUUCACUUCUAUAUAACAUACUGUCAAAAAAUGACUUUUGGUGGACCACAGAAUAUUUGGAUGUUACUGCUCUGAACACAGAUUUUACUCUGCCGUUUUUAUUGAUGUUGACCAAACUUCGCAUAUUUGAAUUCAACACUUUAAAACAUUUGUUUUUUUUAUACUGAAAUACUGCCCAGUUAUUUCAACAGCAGCUUUUUGCAGAAUAUACCAUGAGUGAUUUACAAUUUUUUAUUUUUUUUGUUUGUUUGUUUUUCUAAGCUGCUAAACCUUACUGAAAACAUGCACAGAUGUUAGUACAAUAUGUUUGUUUGUACACAAUAAAGGACUGGGUAUGUGUAACAUUUGUUCCUGAUAUCUGUUUCUUUGGUAUAGUUUUGGAUUCAAUGACAUCUCUUCUGAUCUGUUAAUAUUUGAGUCAAUUCUAGUAAUUUGGUUUCUGAGGCAGGAAAAAAAGGAAAAACUGCAGUCAAUGUAUUGUGUGCUAUCAGUCAGUAUCAGUUGUUCACCUACUUCUGAAGGUUCAACCCCUGACGAUCCACUAUGACCAUCAAGUUACUUUACAAGGCUUUACUUUUAUCUGUCCCAAGGUUGGUCCAAUCUAGUUAAACUAGUUCAGUUAGGGUAGAGAGGCAAAUAUGGGAAGUCUGGGCUAUAUCAACUGGAUUUACUUGUAUUGAUACAUUUUUUGUUUACAGUGUAUUAGGGUUACUUUUUUUUUUAAUGCAUUUGGCAGAUGCUUUUAUCCAAAGUGACUUACAGUGCCCUUAUUACAGGGACAAUCCCCCUGGAGCAACCUGGAGUUAAGUGCCUUGCUCAAGGACACAGUGGCAGUGGCUGUGGAGAUUGAAGCAGCAACCUUCUGAUUACCAGUUCAGUGCUUUAGUCCACUACGCCGCCACCACUCGUGUACUUUACUCAUGCGUUCAUUAUUGCCACACCCAGCACCUGUUCAAACCACUCAUUACAAUACUGAGUGAUGUGAAUGUUGCAUUUUAACAUGACAAAUGCAUUUGGUCUUUUAAACAAUCAGGGAAACGGAUGAUAUUGCAGAAACUUUCUAGAACUGCAACAAUAUUCGUCAACAUAUUUUUUUUUUAAUGAGCAUUUUAAUUAUAUAUUAACAUGGUAUUAAAACAGUAAACUCCAUACAGUACUGUAAAAUGAAGUGAGAAAACAAUGUGAGUGAACGACGAGUGUGAAUUUGAAAUCUCUAACACCCCCCCCAAGCAUGAGUACAUUCAAUUGUCUAGCAAUCUGAGACAGGUAAAUCUAAGACUAGUAAUAUGAAAUGCUGAUGUUUGAGAUGAAACUCAAGUCAGGGGUGGCUUUACAACUUGCAGCAGGGACCAAGCUGUUCUUAAGUUCAGUCACUUUUAGCCUAACUCAAGCAUUACAGUACAAAGUAAAAAUUCAAACUCAAACAUUUCAGCAUUUGGUAAUAUAUGCAAUACAGAGCACAAAUUGACAUUUGAUUCCACCCUGACAAAAAGUAACUGAAACAGGACACACUUGUGAUGGAUUCCCAUACAUUUACGUCAGCCAGCUGCCAUGUACUGUAUCUCCUGUUUUUAUUGUGUAUAUGAAAAAUUCACAAAGGGACAUUUUAUCCCCUUGUUUUUAAUAUUGCACAUUUAUGCACACAAGGCACUCUUCAACUCAUGCGUGAAAGCAUGAAUACAAAAAAUUCACUUAGAUGGUGAAUAUCGUGAGCCAGUAAAAA